CCGUGCUCCGGGGCAAUGGCGGCCGCGGCUGCCGCUUGUCCGGGCGGGACGGGGGAGCAGUCGGGGGUCAGCUUUGUGUAUGAGAACAGGACCUCAUCUUCUCCCAAAGUCUACGUCCUGCAGCCUUGGAUCGUCAACCUCCUGGUGAAUUAUGAGCAGUUGGAUACCACUGAGAACCUCCUGGCUGGGCAGGUCCUGCGGGUUUUGAGUGACCCAAGUCCUCCUGACCAGCCUGGUAUCCUCCAAGAUGCUGUCCUACACAUCUCAGAUGGCUCCUACUACAUCCGGGUGGUGAUUGCAUCCGAAGCUCUGAAGGCAGAGGAAAACACCCACAUGCAGCUCAGGCUUUCCAGCCUCAUUUGCAGAGUUAUUGUCUUGCAAAAGUACACGGUGUGUUUCCAGGAGGAGGCCAGGCUGGAGGACUGCGAGUUCUACCUGACAGCCCAGCGGUUCAUCGUGCUGCCCAUGGAGAGACAGAGGCUGGAAUCACCCAAUGGGAACCAGGAGCCUUUGGUGCUGGAGAAGAUAAAGGAGCUCUGGUUGAGGAGUCUUGCUCUGAAGAAUGCUCCCAGCUCAGAGCCAUCCAUCUCCCAGCUGAUUGAUGCUAUAGGAGAGAACCAGCUGGAGGUUUUGAAGGAAAACGCUGAGGAAUGCUUGGAUUUAGGGGUGGCCAAGGGACUCCAGCAGCAGCCAACGAUGAGGUUUCCAUCACCCCCUGGGAGGCAGAGCGCAAGAAAGAGCUGUAGAGUCAACAGCCUUGUCAGAGAGCUCAGAGGGAUCCCUGGACAACCCUUGGAACUGGCUCCCCCCAUAUCUUUGACCUUAAACUCCUCAGAUGAGAAGUCCUCUGGAGAUGACCUUUCACAGAAGACCCAGCAACACGUGGCUGCUGACAGCAACACCCCCGACUUGCUGGAGGCGUGCAGCCAGGACUCUCCCCGGGGUGUCCUGCAGGGAGAGCCACUGCAGACCUCCCCUUCCCUGCUCCUCUCCUUCAGCAACACCAGUCAAGUGGAGACUGAUACCCCUGGGUGGUGGGAGAUGACCCUGCCCCCAGUAAAGGCCCACAGGUACCAGGGGACCCUCAGGCCUCGCUGCCAUCUUGCUCUCCAGCUUUUCCCAUCUUGCCCAGCAGCCACAGGACAGCUCUGCCUGGCCUGAUGCCUCUCAGGGAGCAAGCAGACUCCAGUGGCUCAGCUUUCCCUCCGGAUACCUCGAAGAGUGGCCUGGCUCGUGCCAGGACCCAGGGGGGAGAUGCUGUGGGGACUAAGAGGAAGUUACAGGCAGAUGAUGGCGGGCAGCAGCACCCCCGGGGUGCCCCAUGGGGCAGGGAGAGAGACACGGGCAGGAGGUCAAAGCUCCUCAGCACGUGGGGAAGAAAGAAGAGCAGAAAGGAGUGUGAAGAGGACCUCGAGGAGGAAGAGGAGGAGGAAGAAGAGGAAGAGCAAGCAUCUCCAUCAAGUGGCCCCAGCUCCAGGCCAGAGCAGUGCAGAACUCUGAAGCCGUACGUGAAGGAGAAGCCACCCCAGUACCGGUACGAGGCGCCCAGCCCGAGCUCUGCCAGCGGGUCCAGUCUGUGAGGAUCUCCAAGGCGAUGUUGAAGUGGGCGUGUUGGAUCCUGACGGAGAGGUCGGGUGAUUCCUGAGCCCUGCCCCUCCUCCUCUGCCUCACCAGUUGAGCCAAACCCACGUAGGGCUGUCUUGGAAGAGCAGCUGGGGAAGAACAGGAGACCCAGCAGGACCCCUGUCCCUGUUGGGUGGAUUGGCCUGGCUUGCAGAGACCCUGGCUCCAGAGAUGUUGGGGACAUGACCUGUUGAAGGCCAGCACCCUCAGCACUGAAAGGGGAAAAAAAAAAAAAAAAAAAAGCAUUCCAGGAUGCCUGUGUGUGAGCUGGUGUCCCUCUCCAACCUCUCCAAGCACUUCAGCCCUUCCCAACACCCUGACCCAGUGAGUGGGGACAAGUGGUGACCCAGUGCCACCAUAGCAGGUGGCUGGGGCCCCACAACCUCAUCCCUGCUCCCGAGGCAGUGGGGGAGGUUGGACGUUUUAUUGAUUGUUUUAGGAUGGGUCCUGCACUGUUUGUUACAAAAAAAUAUCCCGCAGGGUCACGCCGUAGAAGUUAAAAAUAAAAAUUGUUAUAUUUUUUAAAUACA